AUGGUUCAAAUGUUUGCAAUGUUUGCAUCAUUACAAGUCGAUAAUAAGGCUGCAAGUAUUGAUCUUCCUGUUGUGUGCAAUUUCCUAGAUGUAUUUCCAGAUGAUAUCAGUGCUUGCCACCAGAGCGUGAGAUUGGGUUUUCCAUUGAUGAUGUCAGCUUCAGAGGUAGAUGAAUUAAAGAAACAAUUGGAAGAGUUGCUUGAGAAGAAUUUUAUUCAACCAAGUGUUUCUCCGUGGGAUGCACCAGUGUUACUAGUUAAGAAAAAGGACAACAAUAUGAGGUAUCCCAUUUCGAGAAUUGAUGAUCUCAUGGAUCAAUUGAUGGGUGCUUAUGAUUUUAACAAGAUAGAUUUAAGGUUAGGUUAUCAUCAAAUUCAUGUGAAACCAGACGAUAUUCCGAAGACUGCAUUCAGGACAAGGUAUGGUCAUUAUGAGUAUACGGUGAUGCCGUUUGGAGUGUGUAAUGUGCCAGUGGGAGACUCUGAGUCUGCUACUGAGAUUCGAAGUUUCCUUGGCUUGGCUGGUUAUUAUCACAAGUUUAUAGAAGGCUUUUUGAAGUUAGCACCGCCUUUGACUCAAUUGACUCGAAAGGUAUAUUGUGAUGCGUCAAAGAUGGAUCUUAGUGGUGUACUGAUGCAGAAUGGCCAGGUAGUUGCUUAUGCUUCCAAACAAAUGAAGGUUCAUGAAAGGAAUUAUCAUACGCAUGACUUCGAGUUGGAAGUUGUGGUUUUUGUUCUGAAGGAUUAUGAUUUUGAAUUGAGUUGCCACCCGGGUAAGGCUAAUGUUGUAGCUGAUGCGUUGAGUAGGAAGUCCUUACAUAUGUCAAUGCUUAUGGUUCGAGAGUUAGAAUUGAUUAAACAAUUCAGAGAUAUGAGUUUGGUGUAUGAAGAGACUCCUAAUAGUGUGAAGUUGGGUAUGAUGAAGCUGACUAGUGGUAUUCUCGAAGAAAUUAGAGAAAGCCAGAAAUCUGAUUUGGGUUUGGUGGAUCGUCUCACGUUAAUCAACCAAGGUAGCGGGGGUGAUUUUAGGGUUGAUGAGAAUGAUGUGAUGAGGUUCAGAGAUAGGGUGUGUGUUCUAGAUGUGCAAGAAAUCAAGAAGAGCAUUCUUGAGGAGGGUCACAGAAGUGGGUUAAGUAUUCAUCCCGAUGCCACAAAAAUGGAUCAAGACUUGAAGAAAUUGUUUUGGUGGCCAGGAAUGAAUAAGGAAGUACCUGAGUUUGUGUAUGCUUAUUUGAUUUGUCAGAAGUCGAAGAUUGAACAUCAGAAACUGUUGGUUCUGAUGCAACCGUUGAAUAUUCCAGAGUGA